GGGAGCGCGAGGACGUCGGGCAGAUCGCCGCUGGGCUGCGGACUGAGGUCGGAACCCACGGUGAAGCAGGCGGGAUGCGAACCCUCCUCGUCACGUGCGCGCUCUUCCUGCUGCUGCUGGAGGAGAUCCGGCCGUGGGGCUUCAAGGACGGGGUUCUGCGCAACUCCAUAUGGCUCGAACAGGCGGCCGGGGUGUAUCACCGGGAGUCACGCAAGGGCCGCUACCAGCUCACCUUCAAAGACGCCAAGGCUGUGUGUAAAUUCGAAGGAGGGAAACUGGCGACGAUCGCGCAGCUGGAGGCUGCCCAGAAAAUAGGGCUCCACGUCUGCUCAGCAGGGUGGUUUGACAAGGGCCGGGUGGGGUACCCCAUCGUCAAACCGGGCCCCCACUGCGGCUACGGGAAGGUGGGAGUCAUCGACUACGGAUUCCGGCUGAACAAGAGCGAGCGCUGGGACACCUACUGCUACAACCCCGCAGCAAAGGAGUGCGGCGGGAUCUUCACAGACCAGGGAAGGGUCAUCCGUUCCCCUGGCUUUCCAGAGCCCUACGAGCACGAGCAGAUCUGCUACUGGCACAUCCGGGUUCGCUACGGCCAGAGGAUCCGGCUGAGCUUCCUGAGCUUCGACCUGGAGGAGGACCCCGGCUGCCUGGCCGACUACUUGGAGAUCUACGACAGCUACGACGACAUCGGGGGAUUCACCGGGAGGUUUUGUGGUACUGAGUUACCUGAAGACUUCACAAGCACAGGAAACGUCAUGACUCUGAAGUUUCUGUCGGAUUCCUCGGUGACGGCAUCGGGAUUUCGGCUGCAGUACACGGCCUUUUACCCCUUGGACUACAGUUAACCACAACCUGAGCCUGUCAGAGUGUACCGUAGUAUGAAAUUGUAAUCAGAGAUCUGUUUUUAUUUUUUGUGAAGCCAUUGCUUUCCUUGUUUUGCCUUUUUCUGUUUUUUUGAUCUUUCACUUCCUACUCUACCCUCUCACUUAGGAUCUAUAUGUGGUACAAUAAUAUGAACUGAUACAUUAGUUCCAUGUAGCUCAUAUUCAUUGUU